AUGUGCCAAGUUCACUGUGGAAAUAAGAAUAGUGUUUGUAUUUCUGGAAAGUGUUACUGUACAGAGGAUCGAACUGAUGAAAUCACAAAGGAAUCUCUCUAUUACGGACGCCCAACAGUUCGACACCAUAUCGCGCAUUUCUGUCCUAACCUGGAAGUAGCCAGGAGUUGCAUACGAAAAUGCAUGAAAGAAGGUCUGCCAUCAUUCUGUGGCAAGGAUCAUGUAUGCUACUGCGGUCAUAAAUACAAAAAUACCGAUGUAAAUCCGGCAAUAAACACUAACCAAGUUCAUAAUCAGUUUAAAGAUUUGUAUACUAAGUAUUUUGGACCGGAUCUUCGUAGUAAGGGACGUCAAUUGGAUGAACCGACUGAGUAUUAA